AUGAAAGUGAGAAAUGCUGCUCAAGUACUGAGUGAACGAGUAUCCUCAAUUAUGUCUUAUUUAUCAACUAUUAACGUACUAAAAGAAAAUGCCAAAGACACGGCAGACUUUUGUCUUCUAUUUGACAGAAUUUUUGACUCACUCAAUGGCAAUUUUGAUAAAGUAGUUGAUGGGAAAAUUUAUCGAACUGGCGUUAAAAAACAUUCAAUCCAUCAUGAUCUAUGGAACAAAUCUGUACCAAUUUUGAGUUCAAUGUAUUUCGUCAACCCCAAAACAAAAAAACGUACUAGUCCACAACCACCUACACUUAAAAAAUGGGCAAAGACCAUUAGAGGUAACCAACAUUCAUAA